AAGAGAGUAGAAGGAAGAAAACAAACCGAACCGGCAAAGCAGCGGCGACGAAGGCGAGGAAAGCCAUGAGAGGAACAUCAACAGCAGCAAGAGCUCUUCUGAAACUCUGUUUUCGCCACUCGAACCUUCCCCGCCGAUCACCCACGAACCCCGACACUUCUCUUCUCGGUCUCAGCAGGUUUCUCUCUUCCACCGGAAUCGCCCACAUCACCAUCGAAACCACCACUCGUCUGAACAACGUCGACAAACAACCGAACCCCAGAAGCGACAUGGUUCUCCCGCAGAAACCCAUUUCUUAUAAGGAGAUGAAUGAGGCGAAGCUGGCGAGUUUUCGGCAUCUGGGUGUGGGCCAGCGGCUGACUGAGGCUGUUAAGGAGCUGGGUAUUCUGUUUCCUGCGGAGAUUCACUGUGCUGGGAUUCCUCCAAUCUUGAAAGGGAAGAGUUUGGUUCUCACUUCUCAUAAUGAGUCUGUUGGGUCUUUCACUCUUGGGGUCUUAACCUACUUGUUGCCUUUGAUUCAGCGCCUAAGACGGGAUGCGAAAUUGUCCAGUGAAGAGCCCAAGGUUCCCCGAGCUAUUGUUCUGUGUGCCACAAAGGAGCUUGCCGAGAAGCUCCUUACUGUGGUAAAGUUCCUUCUCAAACCUGUGAAGUCGAAGACUACAGUGGAGGAUGGUCAACUUGAGUCUAACGUUCAGGAAGAUGCAUCGGAUGCUUCAGUUGGCCUAUUGGUUACAACACCUGGUGAAGUGCUUCAGAAAAUAGAGGAGGGUAGCGUUGUCCCUAAUGAAAUCAGAUACUUGGUAUUCGAUGAGGUGGAUGAUAUAUUUAAUCAUGGCUUAGGUCCUGAGAUUCAGAAAUUCCUGAGUCCACUAAAGGAACAUGCAUCAAACUCUAAUGAUCAAAGUGUACAAACUAUUUUGGUUACUUCAAUGAUAACAAAGGUUCUACGUGAAGAUCUAUCUUCCCUUGUGGAGCAUCUUGAAAGUAGUCACGCAGAAGUUGCCGCGAUAACAGUUGAAAUAGACCAAACAGAAGCAUUUCAUCUCCUCGAGUCACCAGAAGCUCUAAAGAAAAAAGCUGAAGAGGUCGUCCACUCUCUUCAGCCAUCUUCAUGAGGAUCUCGUCGUAUUCAACUUUUUCGUAUGUUUAUGCCGAAGCAUCGAACCCAGUCGGACUUCCAUCAGUGACUUCAUUUCAUUUUUAUUCUUGCCGGGAGUCCAUUCUAGAGGGCUUCGCGAGUUGUAAUUUUUUUGCUUAUUCAGUUAGAUACUGACAUACCGAGAUUUAUACCUUUAGUUGGAUUUUAUCAUAGUAGCUGAAAUUUAUCAGGCCGGAAGUUGGAUAUUUGUUGAAUACAAACUAGUGUUCGCUUUUUGUACCC